AUGCAUAUUGGAUUUAUCAUUCUGCUCCUUUUGAUAUUCCACAAGAGGGCUGUUUUGUACAGUUUCCCUUCCAAGUGUGGAAGGCAGAAUAACACCCUCUUUGUCAACAGCAGCAUAAAGUGCAAAGAGGGUAAGAAGUAUCCAAGUCGCACAGUAAAUAAGCUACACUGCAUGAAAAAGCAGAUAAAGAAAAACCAAUUCCAUGACCGGUGUGUAAUUAAUGUUAAGGGAGGAAAUGGAGGAGAUGGCAUAUGUUGUUUUACAACAUUUUCGCAGAAGAAAAAUAAAAAGUACGCUUCUGGUGGCCGGGGGGGGAAAGGCGGCAAUGUGUACCUAAUUGGAGAUAAAAAAAUUGAUAAUUUUCUAAGCCUUAAAUUAAAAUCCUUUUACUAUGCUGGAAAUGGUGGAAAAGGAUUAAACAAUAAUCAAAGUGGGGAAAAUGGAAAAGACGAAUGCAUAAAUAUACCUGUGAAUACAAUUAUAUACGAUGAAGAGAAGAAGUUUCUCAAUUUUAUUCAUUUAAAUGGACAGAAAGUGCUAAUCGCUUUGGGGGGGAAAGGUGGAAAGGGGAAUUACUCCUACAGAACUAAAAGCCUGAAAAUCCCAUUUGUCUGCCAAUUUGGCGAAAAAACAAAGGAAAAAAAAAUUUUCCUGAAAAAAAUAUUCUUUACCGAUUUUGGGAUUAUUGGCUACCCCAAUGUGGGGAAGAGUACGCUGCUGAAUAGGAUAACCAACGCGAAUGUAAAAAUUGCCAACUAUAGCUACACGUCCAAAUUUCCAAACUUGGGAAUAUUUAAGCGCGAGCAAGGGGAGGAGGAACAGAAGGAUGGAGAAGGGUACAACAUGGUUAAUGAGAAGGACGGGGGAGAGGGAGACCUUUUGGAGGAAAACCAGCUUGUUGGUGGAAAGGAAGAAGAUAAAGCCAUUUGGGAGAGUAAUCACCAAGAGGCAGAUGACUUACUGGAAAGAGAAACUGUUUCGACAGACGAUACAACACAUGGGGAUGGUGAAAAGAACAUCGGAAAAAACAACUACACAGUUAUCGACUUCCCGGGAAUCAUAAAAAACUUGGACAAGAAAGAAUCAAACAUAUCGUACAAAUACUUGGAGCACCUGAAACAUUGCAAAAUAUUAAUUUAUAUGUUUGACAUAAACAGCAACAUUGAUGUCCUACUCGAAACUUAUAAAAAUAUAAAAGACGUUUUGGUGCAAUUUGAUCCCAUUUUUAAAGGCAAAAAGGAAGUGGUGCUACUGAACAAAAUUGACAUAUAUAAAGAGGAAAAAGAUAAUGUCAGUAAAAUAAUAAACCAUUUAAGGGAAAAUUUAAAAAUAGAAAAAAUAUUUUGCAUCUCUGCAUUAACGGGGGAAAAUGCAGUAGAAGCGAUAAAUGAAAUAGUUUCAAACAUCAAUGAUGAAAACAGCAUAAGUGAAUUUUUAAAAAGCUUACCUGAGCCAAUCGAUAUUGCAAAAAUUGAAAAUAGUGAUAAUUUUAGGCCAUCUCAAUUUGAAAUAUACAAAUAUAAAGAAAAUGUUUUUAUUGUUAAGGGAAAAUAUAUCGAAAAUCAAGCCAACAUUUUUAAUUUUUCCAAAAGUGACACAUCAAAAAUUUUUGCCAAAAUAUUACAUGAACUAAACUUAAAUGUUAAGCUGAAAAAUGUGGGUGCCAGGGAGGGCGAUAGGAUUAUCAUAAGCAAUUACUCAUACGAGUUUUCCCUGGAAGAGGAUUAG